AUGGAAACCUGCGUUCUGAUACCUAAAGAGUUUUCUCUGGUUCAUGCUAACGAUCAGUCCAUCCACAAGGGUCUCUUCAAGAAUGAUUCAGGAAGCCUAAUCACGGACGUCCGGAUAUCUGUUUGGUCGAAUGUACUUAUCCCGUCAGGGACGUUGAUUUAUCCCUUUCAGGGAUCCAUUCGAUUUGACAAGAUUGACCUCUAUUCUCUCCUUGAUGAUAACGAUAUCAGACGCGAAUAUGGGUGCUACGAUGAAGUAUUCCUUUCAAACUAUAGCCUUAACAAACGCCAAUGCAAUUGGAUAAGAUUCCUUCGAAUCGUGCAGACUUACAACGAGCAAGUAAACUUAAUCGGUACCAAAGUAAAAGGGGAUCCAAUUUUUGAGGUAAUAAAAAAUGUUCAACCGGAUACUGAAUUGGUGGCAUGGUUUCUUCCUACGGCAGAGCGAGAUUUUGUUUUUAUAUCACAUGAUAUGUGUUCGAGAUCCGCUUUGUAUAGAUGCACGAUCGACUCUAUUUUAAAUGAGUCUCCAUUAGACUUGUCCAUGGCACUUCUUUCUCAACACGUGCCAUCUGCAAUUCCACAUCCGUAUUACGAAGUUGAUGAAUACGAGUCGACAUCCGAAGAGUCUUCUUCAUCAACAUUAUCUCUGGCGGGAGAUCAUUUGGACUGUAGUAUUCUGACUACAAUUAAGAGAGGUGAAAGGCUUCUACUACCGUGCGAAGUUUGUGGGAAAUCUUUCGACAGACCUUCCCUGCUAAAACGCCACAUGAGAACACAUACAGGAGAGAAACCGCAUGUUUGUGUGGUAUGCACCAAGGGUUUCUCGACUUCGAGCUCUUUAAACACGCACAAACGGAUUCACAGUGGUGAAAAACCUCAUCAGUGCCUUGUUUGCGGUAAGAAGUUCACGGCCUCUUCCAAUUUGUAUUACCAUCGCAUGACUCAUAUCAAGGAGAAACCACACAAGUGUUCUCAGUGCUCCAAAUCGUUUCCGACGCCUGGGGACCUUAAGAGUCACAUGUAUGUACAUAAUGGAUUAUGGCCAUUCAAGUGCCAUGUAUGUAGUCGGGGUUUUAGUAAACCGACUAACCUAAAAAAUCACAUGUUACUACACUUAGGUAGGUGUUCUAACAAGAAAAUCGCUAAAUCUAUCUCUGAUUAUUAA